AUCAGAAAAUCAAACGGAACUGCCUGUCCGAAUCGAGCUGUUGAAGCCAAAAGGCAAGAAGAAAACAAGAAGCAACAAGAAGCAACAAGAAGAAGAAACUUGAGCCACCCAAAUUGCCACUACUACCCGCCAACAAUCCCCGCCGAUAUUAUCCACAUCCCACUGGGGGUUCAACGCCAUCGAGAUUUCUUCAUCCCGCGAUUCUUCGUCCGGCCCUCAACCCUGGAACUACUCUCCGUUCCCCUUCGCCGCCCCCCAUGGCGCGUUGCCCUCACGCGUGCCGCCCGGCGAUCGCCGUCGAGAUGGGCCGCUCGCCUCCGCUCCCCGGAGCUCCUCCCUCGCCCCUGCACCUUUGGCCUCUGAACCUGAACCAGUGCCGGCUGCUGAGUGAUCGAAGCUCCGGACUGUUGGGAUGCGGGUUCGCGCUGCGUGGGAAGGCCCGGUUCAAGCGGCGUUUCAGAUUCUACGUCUGUGCUGAAAUUCGAAGUGGCUUCUCGCCCGGUGUGGGUUUCGACUCGCAGAAGAUUGGCUACUCUCAGGACACAUCGCAGUUGCCAUGGAUAGGGCCUGUUCCUGGGGAUAUUGCAGAAAUUGAAGCGUAUUGCAGAAUCUUCAGAGCUGCUGAGCGGCUUCAUGCCGCACUGAUGGACACGUUGUGCAAUCCAUUGACAGGAGAAUGCGCCGUUCCUUAUGAUUUCUUGGUGGAGGAAAAACCGCUUUUGGAAGAUAAAAUAGUCUCUGUCCUAGGUUGUGUGUUAUCUCUCUUGAACAAGGCGAGAGAGGAUGUUCUUUCUGGAAGGUCUUCUAUCAUGAACUCAUUUCGGGCGGCAGAUGUAAGCAUGAUGGAGGAUGGUAAGCUUCCUCCCCUCGCCAUGUUCAGAAGUGAGAUGAAGCGAUGUUGCGAGAGUCUUCAUGUUGCUCUUGAAAAUAUUGUGACACCGGAUGAUGAACAGAGCCUGGAUGUCUGGAGGAAACUACAAAGGCUGAAAAAUGUCUGUUUCGACUCGGGCUUCCCUCGUGGGGAUGGCUAUCCGUCUCAUCUGCUGUUUGCUAACUGGAGUCCUGUUUCUUUGUCUCCUUCAAGAGAGGACCUAGAUUCUGAGGUUGCAUUUUGGAAGGGCGGUCAGGUGACUGAUGAGGGUCUAAAAUGGUUGAUUGCGAAUGGCUUUAAGACAAUUGUUGAUCUAAGGGCAGAGACGAUAAAGGAUAACCUUUAUCAGUUGGCCUUAGACGAGGCUAUUUCGUCUGGGAACAUUGAACUGAUAAAAAUCCCAGUUGAAGUAGGGACUGCACCUACUAUGGAUCAGGUGGAAAAAUUUGCAUCGACGCUAUCAGAUUGCAGCAAAAAGCCCAUUUAUCUCCACAGUAAAGAAGGGGUUUGGAGAACUUCUGCUAUGGUUUCUAGAUGCAGACAGCAUAUGAGCCGAUUCGAGGCCAAUUCUGCCCCUUCUAAGGAUGCAGCGUCAGAAGCAACGAAUGGAAUUGGGGAUUAUCAUAAAUCUCUUGUUGGUGAAGAGGGAAUAUUCGCUGAGAAUGAAGAUGAUCCAUUGAGGAAAAGCUUGGAAAUGGCAUACAGUUCAAAUGGAGCUUCUCAUGGGAAACUCCCUCCAAAUGAGUAUUAUAGCAAAGAGGACGUCAAUGGGACUUAUAGUCCCCUCUGUUCUAGCGACAGUGUGAAAUCAUUAGACACAGACAUUAACCGGGCAGAAUCUUCGAACAACUCAUUCAUUAACAUCGAUCCUCUUAAGUCUCAAUUCCCUCCUAGCAACAUAUUCUCUAAAACAGAGAUGUCGAGUUUCCUCAAUAGAAAAAAGAUCUCACCUCCUACUUAUUUCCUUAAUCAGUCGAAGAAGUUGGAAACAGCCCCAGCUUCAAGUGUAGCACUUGAUCAGAGAACGCAGAAAGAUAAAUCUGCUAAGGGAAGUCCAGUGUCGAGUUUCGCAAAGUCAGGGAGUCCCAAUGGUUCCCUUAAUGUCAAGAGCACCUCCCAAAUGCCCCAAAAAGCACCAGCUAAUGACAGGAUGACUGCCAUAGAAGACGAUUUGGAUUAUAGUAGUCCAUCUUUUCGAGGAUUAGGUUCGGAAAGGAUUUCUAGUUCAGGUGCGUAUUCCACUGUUGGUGUGAACAAUAAUGUGGAUGAGAAUCUUAUGACUGAAACCAAUGUGGAGGAACGUAAAAGAAAUGCUGAAUCGUCCUUAGUUAAUGGUGAUAAUGGCACGGAAGUUGAGGGGAAUAUGUGUGCUUCGGCUACUGGUGUUGUACGGGUGCAGUCAAGAAAGAAAGCGGAGAUGUUUUUAGUUCGUACAGAUGGUUUCUCCUGUGCCAGAGAGAAAGUUACUGAAUCUUCGUUGGCAUUUACUCACCCUAGUACGCAGCAACAGAUGCUUAUGUGGAAAACUACCCCAAGAACUGUUCUGUUACUGAAAAAGCUGGGGCCAGAGCUCAUGGAAGAAGCUAAAGAGGUUGCGUCUUUCUUGUAUUACCAAGAGAAGAUGAAUGUGCUCGUUGAACCUGACGUGCACGACGUAUUUGCUAGAAUCCCGGGUUUUGGGUUUGUUCUAACAUUUUAUAGUCAAGAUACCAGUGAUCUUCAUGAGAGGGUUGAUUUCGUGGCUUGCUUGGGAGGAGAUGGAGUAAUAUUACAUGCAUCAAACUUAUUCAGGGAUGCUGUCCCGCCGGUUGUAUCCUUCAAUCUUGGGUCUCUUGGAUUUCUCACGUCCCACAAGUUCGAUGAUUAUAGACAGGAUUUGAGGCAGGUCGUUCAUGGGAAUAAUAUAGUUGAUGGUGUUUAUAUAACUCUUAGAAUGCGUCUGCGUUGUGAAAUCUUCCGAAAGGGGAAAGCCAUGCCUGGCAAAGUAUUCGAUGUCCUAAAUGAGGUUGUUGUUGAUCGGGGUUCCAAUCCCUACCUUUCAAAGAUAGAAUGCUAUGAACAUGAUCGGCUUAUUACAAAGGUGCAAGGUGAUGGAGUCAUUAUAGCCACACCCACAGGAAGUACAGCUUAUUCAACUGCUGCAGGAGGUUCUAUGGUGCAUCCAAGUGUUCCUUGCAUGUUGUUUACUCCAAUCUGCCCACACUCUCUUUCUUUCAGGCCUGUCAUACUUCCUGACUCUGCUAGGCUUGAGUUAAAGAUCCCCGAAGAUGCACGGAGCAAUGCAUGGGUUUCCUUUGAUGGGAAGAGAAGGCAGCAACUCUCGAGAGGAGACUCCGUUCGAAUAUCUAUGAGCCAGCAUCCACUCCCGACGGUCAACAAGUGUGACCAGACCGGCGACUGGUUCCGUAGCUUAAUAAGAUGCUUGAAUUGGAACGAGAGGCUCGAUCAGAGAGCUCUUUGAAGUUUCUGAAAGCGAGGACCAAGUUACUACAUUCAAGACCCAUCGAGUUGGGUUAAUGUACAUAUCUGUACAGUAUAUAAGUCGAGCAGGUCAUACAAAAUCCCACUCACCAAAGCUACAUACUAUCAAUUCACACCAUAUAGGCUGCCUAUGGAAUUGGGAUGCCAUUCUCUUUUCCUCAUUUCCCUUAGUAUAUAAUUUUUUUAUGGGGAUUGAAUUGGUGUAUAGAACAAUUCUUUUUGAGGGAAUGGAGAUCUAACCCGUUGUCUUCUUCUAGCCGGGAUUAUCA